AUACCCUCAUCACCCCUCCGCCUACCCGCCCACGCCAACGCCCCCAUUUCGUUUUUUUCUCAAUCCAAGCCUGCUUGCUUGCUGCUAUACCACCACCACCACCACCACCACCACGAGCACUAGCAGCACCAGUCCACCAGACCACCACCGCCGCCGCAUCAUCUGCCCGCCCGCUCCCCGCCAGCACGCCGGGCUGCACACAUGAUGCUCUCGACUAUCCAGCCAUCACACCCCUCCAUGCCCAAGCCAUAUUCGCAAUCAUCUGCCAUGUCCACCAUGACCGCCUCGCUGCCUAUAAUACCCCCGCCGCGCCAGCAACCCGCCCGCCCUAAGCUGUCCAUCAACACCGAGCAACCUCGCAUCCUAGGAAAGGGCGCCAGCCUCCGUCUCGACACUCUCAGUGCUGCCUCGCCUACUGUUCGCAACACUUACACAAACGCCUACGAACGCCCCUCGACAGCCCCCACUCUGCAGCGCCCACAAAGACCCUCCCUGUCCAUUGAGAGCGACCUACCCGCCGCUGCAAACACCGCCUCAACACCCAGCUCUGCAUCCACCCUCUCCUCAACACUCACAUCAGCCUCGGCCGACUCUGCCACCAGUGCGAUACCCUACAAGCAACCCCACAACCUCGUUUCCAUCCUCUCAAACAGCCCGGCUCGCUCAAUACUACCGCGCAAGAUGGCCUCGAGCCGCCCCAUGUUUCCCGCAGAGAAGCACGUCUGCUUCCGCACCCCACUUGAAGAGGAAAUCACCACGACCAGGUACACAAUGGCCCACUCUGACCUUGAGUCGUCCGUCUCUACCCUGUCCACCAUCUCGUCCGUUGCCUCGUCCACCGACUCGGACGUGUCAGCCACACACCACUCAUUGAUUGUCAAUACUUCCAACACGUCUUCCACCACCAGUAUAUCGCCGCUGCAGCUGUCGCUCCAAAGAUCCACCUCGACCUUUGCAUCCGCUGAGAGCUCGCCGCGGUCAAAAGGCCCACGCGCUGGCGACAAGCGAGAUUCGUCCUCGUCCGAAGACGAAAGCGACUCUUGUCCCCAGACCCCGAUCGCUGGACGACGGAAGAGGACAAGAGACUGGCGCUGGACCCUCGGACCCCUGCCAUCAUCUGACAAGUCGUCUUCAUCGUCAGCCAGCGAAGCUACCACAAGCGACGACAGCAGCUGACCACGAUGCUCAAAGCCACAAAUGAUGAGUAACAAGACAUGAUGACGAGUGCAAUAAGACAGAGAUACGAGUGUCACAAUACAAAGAAAUACGACAGGCGGCGUUUACAGGCAUUUUCGGUGUUGGCUUUUUGUUGUUGUUGUUGUUUUCAAGAUACCACUUGCAUAUAUUGGUCCCCAGGGGGGAUUCAAUCCACUAGCAUUGCAUUUUUUCCACUAUUACAUAUAUACUACUACAUAGAUAUUUUUCUAAUACGCCAUUUUCCUUUGUAUCUCCUUUCUCUCUAUCACCUAGAGUAGAACCUGGAUGGAUUUCACACACAUACUACAUUACACUGUCACAUAUUGAACAUGGAUUCUGGAUCUUGGAACAUAUUUGGCUGUGACGCGACCAUCUGAUUGAAGCACGCGCACAUGGGGUGCUAUAUCGCCAAA